GGGAGGAGGAGGAGGAAGCGGCGGCGGCGGCUGCGGAUGUCGCUGCGAGCGAGCGGCGGCUGACUCCGCGGCGGCUGCCGAGCGCCCGAGUCGGGCCUGCCUGCGCCGGCCCCCCAGCGAGCGCGGCUCCCCGGCUGCCAGGGCGGCCCCGAGGCGGCGUUGCCCUGCCUUCCCCGCCGCCCGGGCCGGCCGGCUCUGGCGUCGCCUGGCUCGCCCUCGUUCGCCCGCUCCCUCCUGCUCGCCUGAGUCACCGCCGCCGCCGCCGCCGCCAUGGCCGAGAGUGGUGAAAGCGGCGGCCCUGCGGGCUCGCAGGACGGCGCCGCCGCGGCCGAAGGUGCUGGCGCCGCCGCCGCCGCCGCCUCGGCGGAGCCCAAGAUCAUGAAAGUCACCGUGAAGACCCCGAAGGAGAAGGAGGAGUUCGCCGUGCCCGAGAACAGCUCGGUCCAGCAGUUCAAGGAAGAAAUCUCCAAACGUUUCAAAUCACAUACUGACCAACUUGUAUUGAUAUUUGCUGGAAAAAUUUUAAAAGAUCAAGAUACUUUGAGUCAACAUGGAAUUCAUGAUGGACUUACUGUUCACCUUGUCAUCAAGACGCAAAACAGAGUUUUGCAUCUUCAUACUUUUUUGCAGUUAUUAAAAAUUUCUGACUUUGAUUUAUGUGUCCCUUCCCCCAUCCCACCCCCCAUUUUCUUAGGUGGCCUCGGAGGACUUGCAGGUCUGAGUAGCUUAGGUUUGAAUACCACCAACUUCUCUGAACUGCAGAGUCAGAUGCAGCGCCAACUUCUGUCCAACCCAGAGAUGAUGGUCCAGAUCAUGGAGAAUCCCUUCGUCCAGAGCAUGCUUUCAAACCCUGACCUGAUGAGGCAGCUAAUCAUGGCCAACCCACAGAUGCAGCAGUUGAUACAGAGAAACCCGGAGAUUAGCCAUAUGCUGAAUAAUCCAGACAUAAUGAGACAAACACUGGAACUUGCCAGGAAUCCAGCAAUGAUGCAGGAGAUGAUGAGAAACCAGGAUCGAGCCUUGAGCAACUUAGAGAGUAUUCCAGGGGGUUACAAUGCUCUACGUCGCAUGUACACGGAUAUUCAGGAGCCGAUGCUGAGUGCUGCACAAGAGCAGUUUGGUGGUAAUCCAUUUGCUUCCUUGGUGAGCAAUACAUCCUCAGGUGAAGGUAGUCAACCUUCUCGUACAGAAAAUAGAGAUCCAUUACCCAAUCCGUGGGCUCCACAGGCUUCCCAGAAUUCAUCAGCUUCAAGCGGCACCACCAGUGCUGUGGGUGGCACUGCUAGUAAUGCUGCCAGUGGCACUGCUGGGCAGAGUACUACUGCGCCAAAUUUGGUACCAGGAGUAGGAGCUAGUAUGUUCAAUACACCAGGAAUGCAGAGCUUAUUGCAACAAAUAACUGAAAACCCACAACUUAUGCAAAAUAUGUUGUCUGCCCCCUACAUGAGAAGCAUGAUGCAGUCACUAAGCCAGAACCCGGACCUUGCUGCGCAGAUGAUGCUGAAUAAUCCCCUAUUUGCUGGAAAUCCUCAGCUUCAAGAACAAAUGAGACAACAGCUCCCAACUUUCCUUCAACAAAUGCAGAAUCCUGAUACACUGUCAGCAAUGUCAAACCCUAGAGCAAUGCAGGCCUUGUUACAGAUUCAGCAGGGUUUACAGACAUUAGCAACAGAAGCCCCUGGCCUCAUUCCAGGGUUUACUCCUGGCCUGGGGGCCUUGGGAAACACUGGAGGCUCUUCAGGAACCAAUGGAUCUAACACUACAGCCAGUGAGAACACAAGCCCCACAACAGGGACCACCGAACCUGGCCACCAACAGUUUAUUCAGCAGAUGCUGCAGGCUCUUGCUGGAGUAAAUCCUCAGCUACAGAAUCCAGAAGUCAGAUUUCAGCAACAACUGGAACAACUCAGUGCAAUGGGAUUUUUGAACCGUGAAGCAAACUUGCAGGCGCUAAUAGCAACAGGAGGUGACAUCAACGCAGCUAUUGAAAGGUUACUGGGCUCCCAGCCGUCAUAGCAGCAUUUCUGUAUCUUGAAAAAAUGUAAUUUAUUUUUGAUAACGGCUCUUAAAUCUUUAAAAUACCUGCUUUAUUUCAUUUUGACUCUUGGAAUUCUGUGCUGUUAUAAACAAACCCAAUAUGAUUGAUUUUAAGGUGGAGUUCAGUAAGAUGUGUGGGUUUUUCUGUGUUUUUCUUUUUUGGAACCGUGGGAAUCAAUGCUUUUUCAUUUAAGGCUACUGCAUGCAUCAAACACUUCUGCAUUUAUUGUAAUUUUUUUAAAACAUCACCUUUUAUAGUUGGGUGAACUGAUUUUGGUCCUGCAUCUGUCCAGUUUAUUUGCUUUUUAAACAUUAGCCUAUGGUAGUAAUUUAUGUAGAAUAAAAGCAUUAAAAAGAAGCAAAUCAUUUGCGCUCUAUAAUUUGUGGUACAAUAUUGCUUAUUGUGACUUUGGCAUGUAUUUUUGCAAACAGAAUGCUGUAAGAUUUAUACUCCUGAUGAUUUUUGCUUUAUUUGUAUACAACACAGAGAAUGCACCUUUCUAGAAACAAACUGCAGUAUUUGACCCAAACACCUGUAAUCACAAAAGUAAGAAUAGGAAAUGCUCUGAAAGCUGAGUAUUUCCCAGUUGUAUAGAAUCUUACAGCAUCUUUGGUAAACAUCUCUCAGCAAAAGUGCCGGUUAGUCAGGUUCAUUGGAAACUAUAAUAGAAAAGCUGAUUUUGGCUGUCUGUUCAAGGACAUUUAAUUGUACAGACAACAUCAUGUAACAUUGUCUCAGCAUUCACAGAGUGACUGUAAAUUAUCUUACUCUUUGUGCAGACUGAAGGAGCACUGUAGUAUACCCACAAAUGCAUUUGCCUAGGACUUUUCAGCUUCGCCCAUAGGUAGUUUAGCAGGCAUUACAAUUUGUAAUUGAAAUGUUGCUUUCACUGAAAGUGUCUUGAUGUUUCAGUUAUUUUUAAUUGCCAUAUACAAAUAGGACUAUCUUUUGGUUUAUCAGUUUUCUCAUGCACAGGCAAUACAUGAAUUUAAAAUGAUUUGUGAGCCACUUGUUUCUGAAGUGUUUGGGUAGUUCUAUUAAGAAAUAGUUAAAUAUUGUGCUUUUCAGAGCCUCAGAGAAAGGGGAGUGGGGUGGGGGUGGGGCGGCGGAGUCUAUCCUGGAUUGGGCCAGCCUAAGUAAUACUGGCAACCAAGAUUCUGUUAGGAUUUCUGUGCAUAUAGUGUAGUAAUGAAGUAUUCAGGGGUGAACAACAAAGAGCCGUUUUAACAAUGUCGAAUACAUUUGGCUGUUCUAUAGCCAUUUUCUUCCCUCCCCACAGAAGUUCUGUUUGCCUAACUCUCAAACUGUCGGGGUGGUACAUUCCUUUAGGACCAAUUAAAACAUAACUUCAGGGUCAGUAAUAUAUUUGGCUGACUCUGGUUCAGUAUUCUCUUAGGUCAUUAUAUUAUCUCAUGUACAGUUACAGAAAAUUAAAAUGUUAAACUAAAAUGAGUCAGACCAAUAAAAUCAAGGAAACUACAAGUUGAAUUCCAUUACUUUGAUAAGUUGCUUGCUAUUUGAAAAGGUUAGGAUGCCGGGUUGCCCACCAGUCCAUGCACUGUUCUGAUGCUUCCCCCAGGAGGAGCGCAUGCGUGACGGUCCGGCGGAGGCAUGACGAGAGGAGGUUGCAGAGGAAGGGAUUCAUGUGUCUUUGCUCUUUUUGCCUUAUGCCUCAGUCUGGUUUAAAAGCUUGUGUAUGGUGAAUGGUGGGACAGUGUGGGACAGUGUCAUAACCAAUUUGAUGAUUUAUUAAUCACAAAAUAACAAUAAAUCUCUAGCUUUUA